CGUGGGGACCAGGCGAACCUAUCUUUGACGACGGGCUCCCACCUGUGGUUCCACCUCAAAUUCUAUAGUGAACCUUACAUCUCCUGGAUCUCGGAAGUCCCCAGAGAAUCCGCAGACUAGGAAGUCCUCCUGCACAAAUGAAUGUCCUUUACAUAAGUGUGACUUUGGGAAGCCUCGCCGUCUUGCACGACGUCGCUAUAUCACAUAAGUGCGAGGAACGCGCCAGGAUGAUACAUCAUACUACGGACGUGCUAGGAUCAUACAAAGACUGGUCUCCGAUUACGGCGACAAACAGGUAUUGCGUAGGUAUGUUCAUUGUUGAGCACUAUCAUAUCUUUAGCAGCCCUCGUUUUGUUGCGGUCACGAUGCUAGAUGCACCGACCCACAUACAGUGCCAUGCGACGCGUCCAGCACGAUAUGGGCUGAAUUCCGCACAUCCAGGCACCGCACCAGCCCUUCUAUGAGGAUCCGAAUACAAGACCUGCGUGACAUGCGGUUCAUGAAGGACACGCAGAAGACAUGCGGGGGCGGCGUUGCAGUCGAAGCUCCCGG